CGGUAAAUAGAAAAAGUAAGGUUAGGACAAUAUAUUACCCAUAUCAGGUAGUGCUUUCUUCAUACCAAAAUUUAGUAGAGCCCAAGUUUCAGAAGAGCAUGGAGGGUAUUUUGUUUGCGCACAUUGUGUAUGUUUACCCUAAAUUCUGUUUUAUACGUGAGAGAGUUCAAGCUUUGUUUUGUAGGAUUAAAGGUAAAAUAAGUGAGGGAUGCACAGCAGAAAGUAUCCAGUCUCUUGGAAAUAAAAGGCAUUAUCACCUAAACAGCUCAAGGACUUCUUGUCUUGCUGUUAGGACUCCAGCCAUUUCGGUCUCUUUUGUACCAAGGAGGUCAAUGUUUAUUCAGACUCAGGAAACACCAAAUCCUAAUUGUCUGAAAUUUCUCCCUGGGGUGCCGGUAUUAGGUUCUGGAGAAACAAUGGAUUUUCCAAAUGGUCAGUCUGCAUAUCGAUCACCACUGUGCAAGCUGCUGUUUAGAAUUGAGGGUGUAAAAUCUGUAUUUUUUGGUCCUGAUUUUAUCACAGUCACCAAGUUGGACGAAGAUGUUGAGUGGAAAAUCUUAAAGCCCGACAUUUUUGCGACUAUCAUGGACUUCUUUGCUAGUGGCUUACCAGUUGUUACCGAAUCUGAGCCUUCAUCUGACACACAAAUUAAAGAUGAUGAUGAUGAAACAGUCCAGAUGAUAAAGGAGUUGCUAGACACAAGAAUCAGGCCUACAGUACAGGAGGAUGGUGGUGACAUUGUCUUCAUGGGAUUUGAAGAUGGUGUUGUGAAGCUGAAGAUGCAAGGCUCUUGCACUGGCUGUCCGAGCUCAGUGGUGACUUUGAAGAAUGGAAUUCAGAAUAUGUUACAAUUUUAUAUACCAGAGGUUCUUGGAGUAGAACAGAUAGAAGAUGAAAUUCAGAUAUUGACAAAACUUGAAUUUGAACAGUUUGAAAAGAAAGUGCUUACUGAAAAAGAAAAAAAAGAAAAGCAGUCUUAAAUCUUCACCUGUAACAUAAGGUAAUAAUAACCUGUGUAGAAUAUCAGAAUCCCAGUUUAAAUUCUGUUUAUCGGUGAAUCCUGCAGCAAUUUUAAUACACGUCUUCACGUAAUCUUGCUUAUCACUAGUCCAAGAAUUCCGAUACAUAAUAUCUAUUUGAGAGAAUUCUACAGAAAGGUUUAUAUCUUGUAUUUUGUAGUAUUAAUUUCACUCUCAGUUGUCCGAGAAGUGUUGUUCAUCUUUCCCGUUUCAAGAAAGAGAGUGAGACAUUCAAAUCUUGGGCAUUUUAUGGGCUUUGUGUGUUUCAGAUUAUUUUCUUAAAUAGCAUUAACCAAUUGAUUUUUGUAAUGUUGAAUUAUUGUAUUUUAUUUGAUGUACAGACUGAAUUCCUUCAUAAUAUUUAGAAGAUUUUUGGCGUCAAAGCGUUAACGCAGUUCAUACUCUUUCGUUCAUGGGGUAGUUACAUUGAUCAUUGAAGAAGUUUUAUUGUAUUUAAUCACCUUCAUACAGAGAAGUUGAUUUUUAGAUGAGCUUAGAGUUGAUUAUAAGUAACUGAAGACGAUCUUAUUGUAUAUAAAGUAUUAAUUAAACAAAUCAGAGUGAUCACUGUUCUUACAUAAAAUAUGUAGAUAUAUAUAGUUAGAGUUCUUAAGAACAGAGAUUAAUCAUAAUUUUAAUUAAGGUUUCUUGAACUGGAUGACCAGGGUUCGAUUCCCAACUGGGGCAGAGGAUAUUUCCUGUAACCUCUGCAUCCAGAUAGGCUCUGGGGCUGACCUAGCCUCCAAUCCAAUGGGUGCCAGGGUCCUUUCCUGGGGGUAUAGCACAGCAGGGGCAUGACACUGACCGCUCACCCCCGUCUAGUGCCUAGGUUAAGAAUGGGUAGGAGUUAUACCUCCUCUGCCCCCAAGCACCUACAAGGCGUUUAGUGGGACGAAGAUAGUCAAAAUUGCAUAAACUGGCACAUAAAGUUUGAGCUCUAUCAAUAUUCUAAAACGGUAAAUUGCAUGGGCGAGAAGGAAUAAGAAACUUCGGACUUCCUUGUAGCGGAUAUCACGUGGAUAUUAAGGUAGAAUUGAACCUAUAGCCAGUCAUGUGGGUGACGGUUUCAGUUCCAACCUGUGGCCUCUAAUAUAUCUAAUUAUAUAUCAUAUAAAAUUUCUGCCAGUUUAUGAGCAUUUUAGUUUUCCAUCAACUAUUACAACAGCCUUCUGUUUUCCUAUACUGCCUUACGACCCGUUUUUCAAGUGCCUGAGCACUGCGGGUACCAACUUUUCGUUGGCUCGAUCUAUAGACAUUUGGCAGGACUCCUUGGACGAGGGAUCGGCCCGUCACAAGGCCUCUACCUGUACACAGGACAGCACAACGCAGAAAAACGCGGACAAACAUCCAUGGCUUGAGUGGAAUUCAAACCCACGGUUCCAGCAGCACAAGGUCCACGCCUCAGACCGCGCGGCCACUGCGGACACCUGUUUUGCUAUACAAAUAUUUUUAAUAAGAAAAUGUUUUACCACUGUUUACAAAUUAUUUUAAAGAACUUGCGUAUUAUGCAAGUGAUUACCUGAGUAUUUGAUUUUACUGGUUGAACCAGGCACUGACUAAAGAUUUCAGGGAACCACGGUACAAACGUCAGGAUAAGAGAGAAGAUGGCUGUUUUCUGGGUUGUAGCACCAUAUAGUUGCCGAUUAGAAAUAACAGUGAGCGUAGAUGUCCUAAAACAACUUUUUUUAAGUGUGAUAAGCUAGUUGUAACAUGUAAUACCAAGAUGUGGACCCGUUCAAAGAGAAACAAAAGCAAAAUCCAGGCAGUGGAUCUGAAAUUUUUGAGAAGUGCUGAGUAAAAAACAAGAUCUGAUAGAGUUAGAAGUGUUGUGUUAGAGAAGAAAAUGGAUCCAAAAAUUGUUAAUUGGAUUAGAAGAGACUUGAUUACAGUGGCCAUUGAAAGAUACUGGAUAGAAGAAGUAUACUUAGAAUGGCCAUUAGAAUUACAGCUUAUGGGAUGAUAUAGAACAAAAUGGUUCCGUCAGGUAUUAGAAGACAUCAAGAACAGACAGAAGUGCUGGCAAGAAAUUUAAAAGGAUAGGUUGUGUGAUGAUGGCAAGGUUGAAGUCUUCAUCCAUGAACUCAUAAAUGAUGCUGAAAGUAGUAGAGGAAGGUUUUCAGUUAUAUCCAAUGUCAGUUAAAGUGAAAAUACAUUGAAUUAGGUCACUAAAUUGUGCAUUCUAAUUUUUUU